CUGCCCGCACGACCUCGAACUCUUUCCAUUCCUGCCAUAUGCUCAUGUCUGGUUGAGCUCUCUCUGCCUCCCAUCUCGUAUCUUCUUCUCGUCCUCUGUCUCCCCUUCUCACGGCCCCCUCCCCACCAUCAUUGAUACUGGUCCAUCACUCCAGUCUGCCUCCAGCUGUUAGUGUUUUCCCUCCUCGUCAUCAGUAUCCUCUUUGAACCCGCCACCUACCACCCAAGGCCGCCGUUUGCCCACCUCCACCUGUCUCUUGUCUGUCUCCAGCUGUACAGUACAUUAUUACCGAGGUGUACGAAUCCCGUACUCGGUUCCCUACCGCCACGCCUGUCUGUUCUCGCAGGUGCUUUCGGCUCUCGGGCAUACUGAGCCUGCGAUUGAUCUGCACGCCAUUUGCCAAGACAUCGACUUCGAGAAGCCCGGGGGCGCCCCUCAAAUACCGCCGAGUCUUAUAUCCAUCGCUACCUCAAAGGGGCGUGAGGAAGAGUCACCAUUACACCCUCAUAAACACCAUAAACACCACCGAGGCACCGCCGAACCAUAUCUUAUCCUCGACGGUACUUCUCUGGGCUGUUGUGGCUGGCGCGCAUGGCUCUGUGAUACCCUCUGUCGACAGCAGGAAUUAGUCAUUGGCCGUACCACGGUCCCCUAACAGGCCUAACACUUACACACGAUUUCUGUUUCUUGGCGGUCGAUUCUGAGCCGCUGAACGGUCGACCCCCAACAAGCGGAACCGACGCCGUUAUAACUCGCUGACCCUAGCCUUCAAGCCUGAAUCCACUGGGGUCAAACGCCUCCAGAAAGAAAGCGACGCCCCCCGGCCUGUGGGCUACGAAGUACUGGGUGGUUGACCUUCCAGGUUGAGAGUGCGUGCCGAAACUCUAGCUUCAGGUCUCGCAUUGAGCCGAGAGGAGCAUUAUUAUUAUAACUCGAGGUCAGUUCCCCCCCCAUCAGCUCUUCUGUUUCUUCUUCCGCCUCAUCCUUUCCAUUGAAGCCCCCCAAGAGCCCCCCCAAAACCGCACUGCUCUCCCCCACCUGGGUAUUGGGCAUCAAGCAGCUGCCAGCACCCCGUCGUCCAACCGUUUCCAGUGGGCGCUAACUAGAGCAACAGUGGAGGAAACAAACCCUCCCGCAUCCGAGGCUAGGCAGCGCUCCCCACAACAAGGCCCUCUUUUGCCAUGCAACAUCCCAUGUCGAGUUCACUCAUCAAUUCCACAGCGAGCCCCGAGCCUGCGGAGCCAUCGGGGACUGGCCAAAAUACUCUCACAACUCUCACUAAUAAUAUUUGUCCCAAUCGCGCAUCACCUUUGGCCUCUGCCUCCAGUGAUUCGCCUUCCUCUCUCAACAAUUCGUCGUCACGUUCACCAUCCUUGACGCCUCAGCCGGCCACUCCCAAAUCUCCCGCCUCUGGCCUUUUUGUCCCCGCGCCCCCAAAGUCGCAUUUCGUUGACAUCGCAUCGCUCCCGCCUCAAGAUCCCCAGAAUACCGAUUUUGAUUUUCUGCUCGAUUGCAGCGACGACGUCGCCGCCUCUGCUGCCCUGUCCAACCACGCAGCGAUACCAACAAGCAACACGCCAGGUAUACCAGAUAUCGACAUGGCGACCGGCUCCGUCUACGACUCAGGCCUCGGCCGCAGUCGACAGGACUCGUUUGUCGGCGCAAGGCCCAUCUCCAUGACCAACCCCAACCGCACUCGCCGGGACUCGAAUAACAUCGGACCCGGCAGUCUGAUGGGUGGUAUGAGCUGGGGUGGUAUCUCUUUGGGGAGUUUUGUCAAGGACGAGAUAAUGAUGGCCGGCACUUCUCCAUAUCCGACACACCAGUCACCAUCGUUCCACUCAUCGUCCUAUAUGCCCAAGCUGGAAGCAUCCUUUAUGCGCGACUUUAUCUGCUGCGAGACGACGUGGGAUACCCUUCAUGAUCUGCUCCAGCAUUAUGAGGAGCAGCAUACUAACCUCACGGGAAACUCCACGUUGGGGCCUGGGUUCGGCGGGAACUUCACGCGUGGUCCUGCCAGUCGUGCAACUUCUGUUGCACCUUCAGUCAGACCACAGCAGCCAACACAACCGAUGCAUGGGUUCCAGCAACAGCGCCAGCCUGGUACUGGCGCCAGCAACCUGGGCGCUGGUGGAUUCGGUAUGAUGCGACAGCAGGCGGCUCCGGUCGCACCCAAGGUCAACCACAUGUCUCACCUCAACGACGAGAUGGAUGCAGUUGGCGACAUGGAAAUGGAUGAUGCUGUCGGGCACAUGGAUAUGGACGACAGCCAACGCAUACAGCAGACCCGUCACCUCUUUGGUCAGCAGCAGCGACCCCAGCUUCAUCUUAAUGCCUCGGGGCUUCCUCAUCAAGCGUUGCGCACUUCGCAGCCACCAACACCAGCUGCUCAGAGCUUUGGAUUCCAGAACAAUCCUACCGUCUCUUCGGUCAACACACCAACACUGACGACUCACCAAGGCCUGCCCCAGCGCGGACAACAGUUCUCACAAGAUAACGCUAUGGAGGAGGAUGAUGAUAUGUCAGGCCUGCCCAUGAAGCUUAACACCAACAACUUGGCGCCUCUAGGCGGUUUUCCGUUCAAUAUCAACAACACCAUCGACGACCCUGCGAAGCGCCUUUACAGCCCCGGGGGUUCUUCGGCUCAGAUGACCAGUCAGCAACGAGCCAUGGAACAGCAGUUGCAAAUGCAGCAGCAAGUGCAGCAGCAGUUGGUGAGCAUGAAUCUUGACUACAGCCAACUGCCACCAGGCAUGGAUCCAACCACGCUUCUUCAGCACUUCACUGCGCUGAUGAUGCCACCACCCGAAGAGCACAAGCCGUUCAAGUGCCCCGUCAUCGGCUGUGAGAAAGCCUACAAGAACCAAAACGGCUUGAAGUAUCACAAGACACAUGGGCAUUCGACCCAGCAGCUCCACGAGAAUGGCGACGGCACAUUCUCCAUCGUCAAUCCUGAGACUCAUGCGCCCUAUCCAGGCACCCUGGGUAUGGAAAAGGAGAAACCCUUCAAGUGCGAAGUCUGCGGCAAGCGGUACAAGAACCUGAACGGUCUAAAAUACCACAAGCAACACUCCCCACCGUGCGACCCGGAACUUCGAGCUCAGCAGCAGAACCUCUUUUCCAGCAUGAUGCAGAAUCCCGCAGGAUUUAUGGCCAUACAGCAAAACCUUCCCAAUAUCAACGAAGACAACAAUCAUUAAGCGUGGCAUUCCGACUCGGUAUCUCUUAUGCAACAAUGGUAUCCUGCUGAGCGAUUCGCCUCCUUAUCCUACGGCAUAAGCAUACUUGCCUUCUUCACCAUUUUUUCCUGGUUCGGGUACUUUUGCAUUUCUCCUGCAUCAUGCGGUCCGGCGUUUUCCUGGUGGUCCUGGGCGUGGGAGGGGACGACUUUUUUUUUCCGAGUAAAGCGCACGCGGGAAGGCUGUCUGCGGAUCUAUAUACCCCAAAGCAUAGACUGGAUUUCAGACUGAUACCCCGUUGUCCUCUUUUUGUUUCUUUCAUUUUUAUCCCCUUCUCCCAUUGGUCUUUUCUGUUGACUGGUUUGAGGCCAAUCAAACGACUGGCCGACGAUAACGAUACGCACAACAUAGAGGAGACCUGCUUUUUCCCCCCACCGAGACAGCGUUUUAGAGCGAGAAAGGAGAGAGCCCGGAAGAGACGAAGACCACGAACCGAACGAAUACCAUUAGACCGGGGGGUUCUGACGACAACAAAAAAUGGUGUUGAGAGAGUGCGAGGGAGAGGAACAAAAUUGGGGUGGUGAUAUUUGGGAUGGUUGCGGCAAGGGAAAAAAACUCGGCGCGGAGAGGUGAAGAAGGGGAGCUAACGUCAUACACUCGUUAUUUCACCAGUAAUAAUCACUAAUUGAGGACCUUACGGCUGGACUAGCUGGGCUGGACUGGUUUAGGGGGGCUUGGGGUGUGUGUUUUGGUUUUUUUUUGAGAGUGCGAGGAGGCGGGAAAGAACAGGCUGUUGUGCGCGAGUGAUGAAGCGAGCAAGCCAGCGAGGAGUUGGGGAGAAGGGGGAUGUGUGCUUUUUUGUUUGCUGAUUUUAUUUGUGUUCCUUUUUCCUCUCUCCCUUAUUUUCCUUGUGAUUUCUUUGGCUUUCUGUGGAUGGGACCCCAAAGCGGCGAGGCGUAUGAGGUAUCAAAAAGUUUCAUGGAAGGGAGACAAGUAUGAGAAAUGUGUGGUAUGAUGAUGGUAGAAGGGAGGGGAUAGGUAUCCAAAACCUGGACGUGGGUUUUUAUCCCCUAAGAUAUGUUUGAGAAGAUGGGGGAAAGAAAGGGAAGGGGCGGGGGGGUAGGUGGUACAAGUUGGCGCAAUGUGGUGCAAAAAAAAUCGGUUGGGAAAAGUACUUGUGGGUUGUUGAUUUCCGUCGGUUUCUCUUUUGUCUUCUUUUGAUUUGGGUCUUUUUUUUUUUUGGGGGUAGAGGGGAACAGGAGAUGAAGGAGGUUGCACUUGGCUUUUUCUUUUUUUGUGUAUGGUGAUUUUGCUUGCUUGCUUGCUGAUGUAAAGGUUCUUGUUGUUCUUGUUGUCGGUGGCUUCAGGGUUUUG